AUCUUACUACCGGUGAACGUGUAGAACCGUCAGGUUAUCAAUGGGAAAUGAAUUUAGGCGAUGGUACAGGUAUAUGGAUACGUGAAACAGAUCCAAGACAAGGUGCUGUAGACAUAUCCGGUUGGAGAUCAAAUCAACUAUAUUUGAAUGAUCUUCGGCUACCGAGUACAUCUACAUCAGAUGAAGCUGUUUAUGAAGUAAGAUGUGUGGCAUCCUAUAACAACACCUACAAUACAUCUUCUCAUCCAUUCAUUAUAAAUGUUAGAAAUCAGCCUACAAUUAAAUCAAUACGCAUAGAUCGUGUGAAACCGGAUGAAGCAGUCUUAGAACCAGUUGAUCUACCGAAAGAUUCAUAUGAUGCUACACAAGAUUAUGAAAUUGGAUGUAAACCAGAAGUGACUUCAGGUGAAGCUGUAGCUACAUGGUUAAAGUGUUCAGAUGAUGAAUGCACUUCAACGAAAGAAAUUGUACUGACUGGCGAUAGAUUAUUCUUCUUUGCUAAUUCAACAAGAUAUGUUGAUGAAGGUCGAUUCCGUUGUCAAGUUAGUUUACAACUCAAAGAAUACAAUUUCAAACUUGUUGAACAUCAAGAUGUUAUAAUAAAGCGUCAAGCUGUUCCAGCAAUCUUUAGCAGUGGAACAAUCACUUAUACAACUAAUGAUGAAAUGUCAUUACAAUGUACCGAUGAAUCCUCUUCACCUGAAUCAAGAGUGGAGUGGAUGUUUGAACCUGCCGGGAAACCACCAACUGAGCGUAGAUUACCAAAAGUUAUUGGAAAUACUUAUGCCUAUGGAAGGAUUUAUAUAUUUGCGAUUGCAAGAGGUCAGCUGAUUCCUGAACAUUCUGGAAAGUACACGUGUAUAGCAACUAAUCCUUAUGGAACAGCUAAUAGUUCUAUUACUGUAACAGUAACUGAGGAUCUUUCGCGUGGAAAACUUCGAUUCGUUCGAAGAAUCAUUCGUCGUGCCAUUGCUACAUAG